AUGGUAUUUAAAACAACAAAUAUUGUAUGUACUGGAAAUCCCAAGUACAUAGAAAAUGUCACCUGUUCUGUGAAGGCACGAAAUUGGAAUAAUGCAGUUGCUUACAUGGAUUGUGAUUUAGUUUUGCCCCUUCAGAAUACUACGUUUCACCUCGAAUUCUUCAAGAAGGGAUAUAACAAUCGAUAUCAUCCGUUUCUGGUCAAUGUUAUGAUUAAAAUGUGCGACGUUAUGACCAAUCGAAAUUUUCUACCUUACGGCACAAUAGCGAAGAAGAUAUUUAAGGAGUAUUCAAAUGUCAAUCAUAGUUGUCCUUUUACGGUCCACAUGGAACUCUUCAAGAAGGGUUACAACAAUCGCUAUCAUCCGUUUCUAAUCAAUGCUGCGUUCAACAUGUGCGACAUAAUAUCAAAAAGAAAUUUUAUACCCUAUGGCACAAUCUUUUGGAAGAUAAUCAAACAGUAUACGAACGUAAAUCACAGUUGUCCUUAUCUGGGCCAUCUCUUUGCACGCAACUUGUAUAUUGAUGCGAAUAGCUCUUUCAUACCGAAAUUUCCUCUUGGCUUCUAUGUGAUAUCCUUUAGAAUUAUCAAAAACUAUCCCGAUCGACCCAGCGAACAUGUUGGUCUCAUCAAGUAUUAUGUUCAUGCUGCGGAAAUGGUGCAACUUAAGAAGCGAAGGGAUCAAAUCAGUAAAUCGGCAAAUGGAUAA